AUGACGACCUGGCGUCGACCUGAUCAGGUCGAGCUGGAUGCCACGAGCCGGUCUUUUACCCGCCUGACCCCGCAGCGAAGCAGCUUCUUGGCCCGCACCGCCUCUCGGCAGGGUUCAACAGUCGUCCCAGUGGCCCAUCAGACAUUGGUUUUGAAAACCCGCAGCACAACAUCAGCUGCCACCUCAGACGCACGCUUAUUCUCAUCGCACGCCCAGCGCAGCUUGCGUCGCAGCGCCCGUGCGUCCUUCAACGUCUCAGCCCGCGGCACCCGCGCCGUCGAGACCGACCUGUCCCGACGCAGCGCCGUGCCAUACCUCAUACGCUGGUCCCAUGAUCAUCCCAAUGUGAGCGAUGACCAGCACGCUGUUGACAAUCUCAAGAUCAACCUUGGCCAAAAGCCCUUGGGGGACAACAGCCAAACCAACUGGCUCAUGGCCCCGGAUACAGCCGGCCCAGCCCUCUUACUCCAGCUCUCCCGCCCUAUCCGCCUUGAACGAUUGGAACUCAUCAACACGGGCAACAACGAUAGCAUGACUGCUCGCGGCCUCAGGGCCCUUGCCGUUUAUACCACCUUGGCUGACCUCCCGGAAAAGUCCGGGCCCUUGGACCAAGGCGACUUUGACAGUCUGCCCUGGACUCUGGUCGGCACCAUGACCCUUCCCGAUGUGCGAGGCAGCUCCGUAUCCGAGCGCAAGGCUCUGGCCAGCGGCCAGGCGACGCCUCAACCCGUGAGUGUAUUGCUCGGGGACACGGAACAAGGGGUGGCUGCCCGCUGCAUCAAAAUUGUUGUCGAGUCUUAUUACGGCCGUGGAGCUGGUCUCUGUCACCUCGCGUUGUACCCGCCUUCCCACAAAAUGAGUAAACAUGACGCGAAGCGUGGCCAUGCCCUGGCCGACCUUCAACUGCAAUCCAUCGCCGCUUUACAGGCUCUGGACAUGUAUCUGCAGGCUCACAUUGCAGCCCUGCGUGCGAGCCCCCGCAUCAACUACGGCCAUGCCUUUCUUGCCGCCAUCCUCGGCGUUCACGAAGUUUUGGUGCAAGGACUGUACAUCCUUUUGACGCGACCAGGCCCGUUCGAUGCGCCCCCCGAUGGCCGAGCCUGGCUCGCCCUCUUCAAAGUCCAUUUAAACCAUGCUCUGCAAAUGCACGCCCAUGCUCGUACACAUGUGUCUCGAGGUGCGGGUGACGUUGGCGAUACACCCACGGCCGAGCUGCUACCCACACAGCAGCAGCCGCAUGCUGGAUCAUCAUGCGAUCCUCUGCAAGACCAGCACGCCCAAGGCAGUUCCAGCCAACCCAGGCCACAGCACAGUAGUCAGCGACGUAGCCGUCUUGAUCGGCCCAGCAGCCCAAGCCCAGAUGGGAUGGACCUGGACGACACGGCCUAUCGCCUGGUGGGCCUCUUUCGGGAAAUGCUCCUCGACUUUAUCAUGUUUGAGGCUGCCGCUGCACCACUCGAGCUUGACGGCUUGAAGAUUGGUGCGACUUCAGGGUUAACUGGCCAAGCCGCAGCCUCGCAUGCCAACGUUGACCCUGUUCUACAUGCAGGGGAAACCGAUCCGAUGGCGGACUCUGACGCGCCCCCACAGGCCACGGUUGCGCUCUGGGAGUCUCUUUUUGACGCUUCGUCUCGCGCCGCUGGAUCUCAGGCCCGUGCAGAUGGUGGGUUUGAGGCGCGUACGCCCCAGGAGGUCUUUGCUGCAGAGGAUGCCGUGUUAGCUGAGGCCGAGUGCAGCAUGCGUGCGGAUCAUGGUGUCUUUGCCUCCUCUCUCAAGCUGCUUCACCGCCACUUUGGGACGGACGUACCGGCCUUGGUUCAGGCAUGCACGCAGCGUCUUCUGACUCUGGCCAUGCCCUGCCCCCUCAAUGGUAGCCCCGAGUUUACAGUGGCCCCCACUGUUGGUGUUGCUACUGACUCGUUACAUCCGCUGCUGCGUAUUUUUAAUGAGCAGGUCGACCUCGCUCAAUUGGACCGCUUGCGGCAACGUUGUGAGACGGGCGCCACUCAGGCCAUUGAAGCCUGCCCGAACCCUAGCCUAGUAUUCCGACUGUUGCACACCUUCCUUGAACUUCUUCCUGGCGGACUCCUCUCACUUGACUUUGUGCGCUUGGUUGCUGGCACAACAAACCAAACAAGUGCAGCGAGCCUGACGCGCAUGGCCUUAAACUGGUUUCACAGCCUACCUGCACCGGCGCACAACACCCUGCGCGUACUCGUUGUCACAUUUGCUCUACUGGUGCUUGAUGCGGACGGUCGCCGCACGGCACUGGAUCAAAACCUGUGCGAGGACGUGGCUCUGGGAUCAGAACGCCCGGGUACGGCCGACUCGAGUCGUAGUCGCCCGGCAUCCACGUCCGGUUGGCGCAGCACGACGCCGUCAGAGAUUUUGACAGAAACUGAGACCGAGCUGGCCCAGGCCCCGCCAUUGGUGCAAAAUGUUCGCCGCUUGGCGCUGCUAAUCGGGCCCGCUCUCUUGCCCUACGAUUCCAUAGGCACCGAAAGUGGGGCAUUGGCUCUGAGUGCGGCGGCGGUGCAGAUCUUAGAGACUCUGUUAGUGGUGGCGGUGGAUAACCUACAACAAAUCUUUGCAGACAUCACCGCAUUACGCAGCGCGCUCCAAGUCGUGCGAUUAGCCGCCGACGAGGAACAAAGCCGCCCUAAUACCAAGUCCCAGCAGGCUUCAUCCGAGACGCCAAUAGCCGAACAUCCUCGCUGUGCACGCAUCCUCUGCUACCUUUUGGCAGACCCGGAUACGCCACAUCCAGGAACCACAGACUCGCCCGAGGCUCUGCGGCGCUUGCUCAACGCAGCCCUGCAUGCGGGGCUGCGCUCACCCACGGAAGCCUUUACGCUUCUCACAGAACGGCUGCAGACAGCCCUGGUGCGCCUCACGUCCUCGGCCGUGUGGCGUCUUGAUGUGUAUCGCCCAUCGUGCCUGGCGGCUGACCUGCGGGCCUUGAUGCCCGAACCGAUGAGCGGAAGUUUUCGCCUAUAUACUCUGGCAUCUGCUGGCAUGAUGACGCAGUUGGUCACACGUGGAACCCUGACAGCUUUGAGCGGGGAGCGCAGACGAAAGAGCGGGAGUGGCCAACGCAAGUCAGCUCUUCGCCGUCGAAGCUCACAGGCCAGUCUUGAAGGCGUUACUGCGCCCUCGGUUGUGGCCAUGGAAAGCGACCCAAGUGGUGGCGUGGAAGCACCUGGGUCACGGGCAGCUACGCCGGACACCAGUGGGACGAUUGAGGGUGAGCUACGCUCCUCGAUGAAGCGACACGGUUCAAACAGUGGGCUACAAAGACAAGGCUCUGGCAGCCGCUUGGGUCGCCUGGCGCGCUCUCUACGCCGGCGCGGUAGUAGCGGGCGUGCAGAUGCACGGUCCGUGGAAGAGGUUGAUGAAGAUGAGGAGGCACUUCGUGCGAUGGAAGAAGAGUGGGCGGUCCUCAUCGGCAAUUGCUGGGUUCGCGACUUGCCCGCCCUACACUGCACCCAACUGAUGCUGUCGUCCGUAUCGCGCUUAUUUCGGACGACCCUGGCAUCUCUGCGAACCGGCACCGCUGGAGCGCCGCCGUCCUGUACAACUCGGGACGCUGCCAACGCACAGGCACGACUGGCGACGUUAGAAGCAAGUUUGCGGUCGCCCUUUGCUCACUAUAGCAACCGAGCAUUGCAGGUUGACUCCUACCUCCAAAAGCUCACCAUGUCUGCUGCCACACUACGUCGGACACCCGAGGUUGAUCCGGUGGCCACGGCCCGCCAUGCUCGUCGCGCCAUUGCUUCAGCCAUUGACCCAUACUCAAAGCAGCGUCUGGAGCCAUUUGAGCAGCGCCUCAGGAGCCUACACCGCAUUUAUGGUCCUGCGACGGAAACAUCAACUUUUUUGCACGCUCUGCGUCGUGCCGAGGCGCGUCUGUCAAUGGUCCGCCAUGACGGAUCACGCACCCAGGAUCUGAGCCGCUUCCAAGUGCGAGAGGGCACCAUGCAGCGCCGCCGCCAGCGUCCAAUGGGAGCUUCGUCUGAGGUGCGACUGGAGCAAGCCCAGCGCGAGGCGACAGUCGGAGAGGGCACGCCCACAGUGACGUCGUCCAGUGCUCAGAUCCGGGCACGCCGCCGUGGCAGUUAUCGCACUGCGGUAGUAGACACGGCCGGUGCCUUGUCCACCGGGGAUGAUGACCUUGUGCACGCUUCACAGGCAACGGGUACCAUGCUACAAGAGCGUGCCAAAGCGGUCAAACGCUCAAUGAAGCGGCAGCAGCGGGUUAACAAUUCCAAGGACCUGCUUUUGCAUGGAGCAAUGCAGAGCCCGGAGCCACAUACGAAUUUGAGUGUUUGCUCUGAAGGCAGUCUUGGGCCGGAGCUGCUGACUUCGGGGCCCCUGACGGCUCACGGCUGGUCCUGCAACGAUUCGACAAGUCAAUCUUCUGGAGAAGCGGCUAUCGACUCGAGGGAUCUUGAUUUUCCCUUUUGCGAGCCAACGCCUGAUGAUUACGAGUGGGAUGACAUCAGUGCAGCCUUGGACGAGAUUUUGCCGGAAAUUUUGAGGCUCGACCGACCUGCCAACGGCUGGGGCUCAUUGCUAGAGGAUCUUGACGACACAAGUCCAAUCCCGAACGUGUUAUGGGAAGAUGGUGCAAGAGAGGCGACGGACUCAGAGGAGUGUGAAGGUGCCCCACCGUUGCUUGGAUCGGCAUCUUGGCAAGAGGCUCGACUCCAGCCAGCAUCCAUGAGACCGCUUCGUGAGCAGACCAAGGCAGAGGAAGACAUUCAAGAGUGGAGCUUUGACGACCUGCAGCCCUCGGCAAGAGUACCUACAACUGACGCAUCAGAAGCGGUUUCGACAAGCGUGUCAGCCGUGCAGGCGCACCAGGAUGCAGCAGCCUGUAGCCACCCGCCCCGGCCACCCAAGAGCCCGGCCGUGCUAGCAGGACUGCAGGUGCCCAACCUGUGA